AUGCAACCGGAUACUAGAGUUCAAAUCUUGAAUAACGAUAACAACAUUAAGAAAGAACCUGAAACUGACAACGAAGACUCUUUGAGUAAAAUUUUAAACAGAAGGACAAAUAAGAAAAUACCAAAUAUUGCUGAAGAGUUAGCCAAGAACAGAAACCACGCCAAAGGUGCCUCUCCAUCGCCCAUCCUAGUCUCGACAUUUUCUUCUUCAGCUCCUUCUUCGGGGCCCCCUUCCUCGUCUACAAACUCGGUAGAUAUACCAACAGCAAACCGAUUUAGCAGAAGUACGGUAGAACCGUUUCAAUAUCCACCCAAUCUCACGGUGUCUACGAGCAAGAUAGAUCCAGAUGAAACAAGGCGGAAUAGUAAAAACAUAGACAAUAGAACUGCACCAGAAAGAGGACGUUCUUCUUUUGCUGCGAACCAACUAAAAAUAUCAUCUUUGUUAACUAUGUCCUCUAAUGACGACAGCACGCCCCCAGCGAUAAACACUUUCAACGGAAACAAAAAUGGCAACAAUACUAUUAAUAAUAUCUCAUCACCCAGCAUCGAGCUCCAUACAGAUGCAAACAGUAUCGAGUCGCUAAAAAAAACUCCAAACUCUCCUAGAAAUAAAUCAUUAACCCCCAAAGUUAUUUUGCCCACUCAAAACAUGGACGGCUCUCUUUUGAAGAUACCCCGUUUAAACGAUAAUCCCCCUGGUAUUCUUAUAGCGAAAACCGGCUCUCCCGUAAAUUUGGACGUUGAAACUACAGUACAACCUCUAGCAAAAAUCAAUAAGCUUACUACUCAUUCCGUGAAACCAACUUUGACAAAACAAUCAGCAGAGAAAGUUUCGUUGAAGCGAAGUAACAGCUCGAUUACACAGAGCGAUUCUAAUGGCAACUCUAAUAAAAAACCUGCACCCGAAAGAGCGAGGAAAUCGAAUUCAGUGUCAGCAAUAUUACCGAAGCCAGCUAACAAGACAUCAAAAAAGGCUGCUAGUGGCAACGCUGAUUCCAAUAAGAAAAAGCCUGUUUCGAACAAGGCUGCAUCCGCUAUUAAGAAAGAACCGAACACAAGCUCCAAAUUGAGUACAGUCAAGAAGGAAAACAGCACUUUAUCUUUUAACAAAGCCACUGAGAAAGAAAAAGACAAAGGCACUGACACAAAGACCUCUGCAAACAACGUCAAAAAGGAAACAAGCUCAAAAUCUCCCAGGAAACUAGUACCUGCACCAACAAUCAAUUCACCUAAGAUUGUACAAACGACAGAAACAAAAAUAAAAGAACCCUCAAUCUUGAUUGACAUUCCGUUGUACCAAACUGACACAAAUGACUACUUGGAUGAAAACGGUCAAGUCAUUUUUAAUUUGUCAACUUUAAUAAAAGAAAAAUAUCACCUAAACCAGAAAGAACUGACACAGUUAAAAGAUUCCAAAAGAAAUUUAAUAACACAGUUGAAUGAUCAUUCUAACGGCGCACUAGAAAAGGAAAAAGAUGAAGAAGGUGAUAUCAUAGAAUUGGAUGACGAUGAGGACUUGGAGGAUGAUGAAGGAGAAUUAGACACGGAGACGAACACUGCAGCAACUACAGCCUCUCCAAAGAAGAAAUCACAUCCGAUGAAAGGUAAAAAUUUGAUUGGUAAAUAUGACGUUGAAGACCCGUUCAUUGAUGAUUCAGAAUUAUUAUGGGAGGAACAACGUGCUGCCACAAAAGAUGGGUUUUUUGUUUAUUUUGGUCCAUUAAUUGAAAAGGGACACUAUGCAAGCUUAGAACGUGCAAACGGUACCAUGAAAAGAGGUGGUGUCAAGAACAAAUAG